AUGACCGCCGAUAUGGAGCCUCAAGCCGAAUAUGAUGAGAAUGGACUUCCCGGCCCCGGUGCGCCAACCCCACUCUCCGCGUUGGAAGGGCUUGCGGGUUUGACGGGGAGGGAUAUCAAGUUGUUCGUGGAUGCAGGGUACCACACUGUUGAGUCGAUUGCCUACACACCAAAGCGCCUGCUGGAGCAGAUUAAGGGCAUCUCGGAACAAAAGGCCACCAAAGUUCUCGUUGAAGCGGCAAAAUUGGUCCCCAUGGGAUUUACGACGGCAACAGAAAUGCACGCAAGACGAAGCGAACUUAUAUCGAUCACGACGGGUUCCAAGCGGCUUGACACGUUACUCGGAGGUGGCAUCGAGACUGGCUCAAUUACGGAAAUCUUUGGUGAAUUCAGAACAGGGAAGAGUCAGAUCUGUCAUACCCUUGCGGUAACUUGCCAGCUACCCUUUGAUAUGGGUGGCGGCGAGGGAAAGUGCCUCUACAUUGAUACCGAGGGAACAUUUCGGCCCGUCCGGUUGCUCGCAGUAGCCCAGCGGUUCGGACUCGUGGGCGAGGAAGUUCUCGACAAUGUGGCUUAUGCGCGAGCGUACAACUCAGAUCACCAGCUCCAGCUGCUCAACCAGGCUUCCCAGAUGAUGUGCGAGACGCGAUUCUCGCUCCUGGUUGUUGACUCGGCAACAUCGCUGUACCGUACAGAUUUCAAUGGCCGUGGCGAGCUUUCAUCACGGCAGACGCAUCUGGCCAAGUUCAUGCGGACCCUGCAGCGUCUCGCGGACGAGUUUGGUAUUGCCGUGGUGAUCACGAACCAGGUCGUUGCCCAGGUGGAUGGCGGACCGAGUGCUAUGUUCAAUCCGGACCCGAAGAAACCCAUUGGAGGCAAUAUCAUCGCUCAUGCGAGCACGACUCGUCUCAGUUUGAAGAAGGGUCGAGGGGAGACUCGAGUCUGCAAAAUUUAUGACAGCCCGUGCCUCCCUGAAAGUGAUUGCCUCUUUGCUAUCAACGAGGACGGCAUUGGCGAUCCCAAUGAGAAGGACAUGGAGAACGACUAA